AUGGAUAAUAUUGUGAGGAAUGAUGCAUGGCUAAUCGGGGGCGACUUUAAUGUCAUAUUUAAUAUGGAGGAGACUUCUAAUGCAGUCAACUCUGGUAUUAUCCCUGAUAUAUCUGAUUUUCAAAGAUGUGUAGAGGAGCUGCGGAUUUUGGAUCAUCAGUUUAUGGGUCCUUUAUUCACUUGGUCAAACAAGCAGCAGGACACUUAUUUGGCUUGUAAAUUGGACCGAGUUCUCAUAAAUUCGAGUUGGAUUGAGGCUUUCCCUUCCUCAGUUGUGGAGUUUCAGGCUCCUGGUGACUUGGAUCAUUGCCCAUCCCUUGUUUGGCUACACAAGGGGGUCCCCAUUGCUAAACCAAAACCCUUUAAGUUUUUUAACUUCUGGGUAUUGUAUCAUAGCUUCAUGUCCAUUGUUGAAGAAUCGUGGCAGUCCUCAGUUGGUGGCAAUCUAGCUCAGGUUCUGUUUUUGAAGUUGAAAAGGUUGAAAAGUUACCUAAAAGAACUUAACAUGACUCAUUUUCACGACAUCUCGGGUCAAGUUCAAAAGAAGAGGGAUGACCUUUUGUGCAUUCAGCUUUUCAAUUUAAAUGAUACUGCUGCUGGCAGCUUUAUUAAAGAUGAAUUAGAGGUUGAAUAA